UUUUAGCAGUCGGAACGAUGGCGGGCAUCGAGGGCUCAGGUACGGUGUUCCUGCCGCGGAAGAAGCCCAUGGUCUGUGUGGAGUACCCGGGGCUGGUGCGCAACGUGGACAAGAUGCUGCUCACCCUGGGAGGGGAGCAGGGGGUGUCCCGGGUGUACACCGACCCAGCCAAGCGGUUGGAGUUGUAUUUCCGACCUAAAGAUCCUUACUGCCAUCCAUUGUGUGCCAACCGCUUUCCGACAAACGCAAUGAUUCUUCGGGUGACGAGGAAAAUCCGUAAGAAGAAGGCAAAUGAGAUGGAAACGUCCGAGCCGAGCCAGGAGGGUUCUAUAGAUAUGGAGAUUGUUGGCGUUGUAAGCGCAGUUUAUAAAUUCCAAGGGAUGUCCGAUUUCCAGUAUCUGGCCUUCAGCCGCAGUGCUGAUGGCUCCUGCACGUCUCUGUACGACAAAGUUCUCCUGAAGAAGCCGGAGAAGGAAGAUUUCUUCCACCAGGACAUCGUCCUUCACAUUCCACCACCCAUAUUCUCCCGGCUGGACAACCCAGUUGAUUAUUAUUACCGACCCAACAUCAUUCAUCGGGAGGGUUUCCAGCCUCCCUCCGUUUCCAGCGAGAAUCUGAUUGGUUUGAGCCGGGCGCGAAGGCCACACAAUGCCAUCUUCGUCAACUUUGACGAUGCCGAGGUGCCCACCAGCCCGCACGCGGCGGCCGAAAAGAAUUGGCAGAAGCUGUCAGCAAACCCUAUAGACGUGAAGGCAGAGGAGGAGAUGAAGAGGCUCUUUGAUGUCCGUCCCAUCUGGUCUCGGAGUGCAAUCAAGGCCAACGUAAAUGUCCAUCCAGAUAAACUCAAGUUGCUUCUACCUUACGUGGCUUAUUACAUGCUGACGGGUCCCUGGAGAAGUCUUUGGGUGCGUUUUGGGUACGACCCCAGAAAACACCCAGAAGCGAAAAUGUAUCAAGUGCUGGAUUUCAGGAUUCGUUGUGGAAUGAAAUACGGGUAUGCCCCGAAUGACAUGCCUGUUAAAGCCAAGCGCAGCACUUACAACUACAGCCUGCCCAUCACCCUGAAGAAGCCAACCCCACAGACAUUAAGCAUGCAAGAUCUCACGCAAGGGCUCGGUUCAUCUAGCAUUUCAGGCGGUAAGAAGACCGCUGCUAACAAGUACCAACUAAAAGAUUCCGUUUAUAUAUUCCGGGAAGGUAACUUGCCCCCGUAUCGUCAGAUGUUUUACCAGCUUUGUGAUUUACAAGUAGACAGCUUGCAGGCUAUGAUCCUGAAGAACGAUGGCAAUGAAAGCGUUUGCACGGAGAGAGAUGGCUGGUGCCUCCCGAAGACCAGCGACCAGCUGCGAGACGCGAUGUCUUUAAUGAUCAAAAAGAUCAUACGGUCCAAGAGACCAGCUCUCUUUACCGGGCCUUCCACUUCCACUGACACCAAGGGGCAGAUGGCUUACGAAUCUGGCGAGGAAGAGGAUGACGAAGAGGAGGAGGAAUUCCACCCGUCCGAAGGCAGCGAAAAUGAGAUGGAAACAGAACUUUUGGACUAUGUUUAAAGACUCACCUUACACCCGUGACAUCGGAGACUGAUAUUUUCUGGAGCAGAACUCUAGAUGCCAAAGGAACACAGAGAUGUGAAAGACGGGUAUGUGCGACGGCACGAGCUCAUUGACCGAAUGAAGCUAUUCCUGCGCACAGAGGUUCCUUCCUUCGAUGCCGGAGGGAACUUAACGUUCUAUCGCGGCUUCCACGUUACGCUGUUAUUUGCUGAAGCUCGAUGUGGAUUUUCUAUCAUUCAACGAUUUUUUAUCUGAACGUUUUGAUACCCAAAUAUAAAUCGGGGAAAUCUUCUUUUAUUGUUUUCUAAACUCGCGCACCGAGUCGUCGGUGAGAAGGUGUCCACUCAAGUCUUCGAUACACUUCAUGCCAAUGCAAUUUAGGGAUUUGCGCAUGUGCUCAUUCAGUACGCAUAUUUAAUAAAGGACGUUUAUUUCUAAUA